AUGUCAUCACCCAUGUGUUCAGUCCAUUCUAACCCUCUUGGAGGAUCCCGCUCACGCCUCCACAUUGCGCCGCAGAUCAUACCAGCAGGAAGACAGGGCAGUAGAGAUGGUACCACGGUGAGGGAACUCACUUCCAAUCAUUACUCUUCGGGACGCGUAACGCCAGAGUUGCAGCGCACUUACCAUCGCUUCGGGGAGGUCGGGUGCACACGCCGUCACUACGGCCGAGCCCGGGACCCACCUAUCGACGAAACGUUUCGCCACGGUAUAAGAACGGAGGCCGGUGAAGGGGCGCGGGGAUGCCUGCAACCCGAGACGGGUGGUCGAAUGAUGGCGUUGAUGGAGCAACAGUUGGAACGUGCGUAUUUGUCAAACGUUCGCCGACCACUCGGCAAGGUCCCUGCUGCAAUGUAUGAUGUCCAAGUGCCUCACAGCGGGUUUGGUAUUCCAUCGGAGAAAUCUGAGAGUGUCAAGACGCUGUUGUACGCGGGGAGGGAUUCCGGCACUGUCCACCCGGUGGGGGAGUGCAAAAAUCGAGGUUACGAUUGGGAACGUGCGGGCAUUAACCCCAUGCAUCACCGUUUUGGCUGGUGUGAACAGCGCGGCGAGGCGACAGCUGGGGAAGUGAUGUGCGAGACGAAGCUGGUGACUAGGUUGCUGCCGAAGGUGGUGACGGAUGUGCGGAAAUUGACAAAGCAAGAGGUGGGGAAGGGGCUGCCGCCUCCGUGGGACACCAAGUACUUUGAUGACACACUUGAGAGUCGCACGAUACGUCGUAAUGGCAGGGGUGAGGGUGAUGCGGUGCGCCAGUUGCUUAGCUCCUGGAUGCACCAUCCCUUCCCACCGAAACGGCAAUUGGUGGCGGAGGAAGAGGAUGCAUCGCUUAAGGGGACUGGAUCGCUGGAGGGCAGCAGAAAGGAGGGUCUAGAAAAGGAUGCCUUGCGCUCGCGGUUCCUGUGCACAUACAGGAGAGGGGGCCGCUACAACUCGGCAGACCACACAAGGCUCGACGAUGAUGUACGCGCACCUCAUGUUUUGUAUCCCUGCCAUUACGUCCAGAUGGGUGUGAACUCUUCUCGCUUUGCCGGUGGCUGCACACUGGAAAAUGUACGGGAUCUAUGUAAAAGUGUUGGUAUGGAUCUCGCCGAGAAUCAGAUGCAGGAAGUGUUCAACCAUGUUGCCGUCGACGGUGUUUGCGGUAUUGAGCAAUUCAAGAACAAAGCCGUAGAAAUGGGGUACCUAUCUUAG